AUGGCUUGGGUGCGGGAUAGUCAGCACAAGCAGUACGUGGAUUUAAAUGCUGCCCAGUGUUGCGUGGCCGUGCGGCACAGCAGCCGACAGCUGAGUGACUUGACGAUUGGCUUCACUGGCGUCUUUAAAGUCUUGAUUGUCAGUCUGAAAACUCUCCGACCCGGAUCAAUGAGAAGCGGCCAGGUCUCCGUCUAUUUCUCCCUCUCCUGCUUUUCCUCUUUCUCCAGAACCCAGCAGAGAAAGGGGGUUGGGCCACUGUGCCACCGUGCCCCAGCUCGCAUCUGCGCACGUGGACAACAGUCUCAUGCCGCCAGCCGUGUGGUGGACGAAGAGCGGCCAUGGACUGGUCAGGAAAGUCUGGCUCAGGACGACCCGGAGAUGUGGGACCUGCUGUUGAAGGAGAAAGAUCGGCAGUGUCGUGGCUUGGAGCUAAUUGCAUCAGAGAAUUUUUGCAGCCGAGCUGCUCUGGAGGCUCAGGGCUCCUGUCUGAACAACAAAUACUCUGAAGGCUACCCCGGAAGAAGAUAUUACGGAGGCGCAGAAGUGGUGGAUCAAAUCGAGCUCCUGUGCCAAAAGCGAGCCCUGGAAGCAUUCGAUUUGGAUCCUGCCAAGUGGGGCGUCAAUGUCCAGCCUUACUCGGGAUCUCCCGCCAACUUUGCCGUCUACACCGCCGUCCUCAACCCCCAUGACCGCAUCAUGGGUCUGGACCUUCCGGAUGGAGGACAUCUGACCCAUGGCUACAUGUCAGAUGUGAAGAGGAUCUCAGCUACUUCCAUCUAUUUUGAGUCCAUGCCCUACAAACUCAAUCCUGCGACAGGACUCAUCGACUACGACCAGAUGGAGCUGACGGCCAAGCUGUUCAGGCCCCGUCUCAUCAUCGCCGGGACCAGCGCCUAUGCCCGGCUCAUUGACUACGCUCGCAUCAAGAAGCUGUGCACGGACAUCAAAGCUUACAUGCUAGCCGACAUGGCUCACAUCAGCGGCCUGGUGGCAGCAAAAGCUAUCCCGUCUCCAUUCGAACACGCCGACUUGGUCACGUCCACCACGCACAAGUCGCUAAGGGGGGCCAGAGCGGGUCUCAUCUUCUACCGCAAGGGCGUCCGCUCGGUGGAUAAGAAGGGCAAGGAGAUCAUGUACGAUCUGGAGGACAAGGUCAACUUCUCGGUAUUCCCCUCACUGCAGGGCGGUCCUCACAAUCACGCCAUAGCUGGUGUCGCCGUGGCCCUCCGGCAGGCUCAAUCUCCUAUGUUUAAGGAGUAUAUUGCCCAGGUUAUCAAGAACUCAAAGGCCAUGGCUAGUGCACUGCUCAGCAAGGGCUACACUCUGGUAUCAGGGGGGACUGAAAACCACCUGGUUCUGGUGGAUCUGCGGCCCAAGGGCAUCGACGGCGCCCGGGCCGAGAGGGUGCUGGAGCUGGUCUCCAUCACGGCCAACAAAAACACCUGCCCCGGUGACAAGAGUGCCCUGACCCCCGGUGGCCUUAGGCUCGGCGCUCCAGCUCUAACCUCCCGGCAGUUCAAAGAAGCAGACUUUGUGCAGGUCGUGGAGCUCAUGGACGAGGGCUUCAAGAUCGCCUUGGACGUGAAGAAAAAGACAGGAAAGUUGCAAGACUUUAAAAACUUCCUCCUGGAGGACCCUGAGACGGUGGCACGUAUCGCCGAGUUGCGCCAUCGCGUGGAAGCGUUCGCUAGGCCUUUUCCCAUGCCGGGAUUCCAUGACCAUUGA